AUCCAGCCCAGCACUCAAUAUUCAUGUAUACACGUAUUUUUCUGUAAAACUUCUAAAAACCCAUUCUUUUUCUUUGUUUUUUUUUUUAGCCCAAAAGUCGAAAUCACAUUUAAAAGAAGGAACAAAUCCAAUCGAAUCUGAUCUAAAACUCAUAAUAAAAAAAAUUUGGAUGAAAUGAGGGUGAAGCUAUUGUUCGUAAUAAUAUCGACACUUUCCUUAUUCUUGGCCGUCGUUUUGCUCUCUCCUUCGACGCCGGUUUGGAAGCCUUCACACUCGUUGAACUCUCCCAACAGUUCUAAAUCGGAUAUAUGGAGUGUAACGAGAAUCGUAGAAUGGAGACCUUGCAAUUGGUGGCUUCAAUCCCACUUAACUCCUCUACCAGCCAAGAGUAAUGGGUAUAUCCGUGUGGAUUGCUAUGGUGGUCUCAAUCAGAUGAGAAGAGAUUUCUGUGAUGGUGUUGGUAUUGCACGUUUGCUAAAUGCUACUUUGGUGUUGCCAAAGUUUGAGGUGGCUGCAUAUUGGAAUGAAUCGAGUGGCUUUGCAGAUGUAUUUGAUGUCAAUUACUUCAUAAAACGGAUGAAUGGUUUUGUCAAAGUUGUUCGAGAAUUGCCACCAGAGAUAUCAUCAAAAGAACCCCAUCGAGUAGAUUGUAGUAAACGGAAAGGUCAAUUUGAUUACAUCGAAAGUGUUCUUCCAUCCUUGUUGAAAUAUCAUUACAUCUCUAUCACACCAGCGAUGAGCCAAAGAAGGGAUAGGUACCCUCACUAUGCAAAAGCGGCCCUUUGUCAAGCCUGUUACAGUGCGUUAAGGCUGACCAAAUCCUUGGAGAAGAAGGCUACUGAGCUUCUAGAAGCCAUACCCAAGCCUUUCCUCUCCCUUCAUCUUCGGUUUGAACCAGACAUGGUAGCUUAUAGCCAAUGUCAAUACUCAGGCCUUUCUCCUACCUCGAUGAAAGCCAUUGAAGCUGCACGCGGAGAUGAUAGAAAGCCGUGGACUGGAGAAGCAGCUCGAAUUUGGAGGAAUAGGGGAAAGUGCCCUCUUACUUCUAAUGAGACUGCCUUUAUACUUCAAGCACUUUCUAUACCCACGAACACAAAUAUUUAUCUUGCAGCUGGGGAUGGACUGAUGGAGUUUGAAGGUUUAACCUCUACUUUUACCAAUAUAUUUACAAAGUCUGCCCUUCUUAGCAGUGAGGAUUUCAAAAGCAUGCAUGGGAACACAAAAGCUGCGUUGGAUUAUUAUAUAUCUAUAAAUAGUGAUUCUUACGUGGCUACAUACUUUGGAAACAUGGAUAAGAUGGUGGCAGCAAUGCGAGCUUUUAAAGGAUUGUACAAAACUCUUUUCUUAAGCAGAAGAGCUUUUGCCGAGUUUACUUCCAAAGGGUUGGAAGGAAAACAGUUGAUGCAAGCGUUACGGAAGGCUCACAAUGAUGAUUUUACCAUGGGGCGAGGGUCUGCUUUGCCAGACUGCUUUUGUGAAUUCAAAUUGUAGUUUCAAGAUAAGUUUUUCAUUUUUCCUUUUUGUGACGAUUCAUUGUUAAUUUUUUUAGGUAUUCUUUUGGUAUGAAAUCCUAUGGGAUAGUUAAAACCCUUUUAACUCGGGUUCUUGAGAUUUGAAACAUACUGUGUAAUUAGCUUAAAUGCAAAACACUUUCUGGCUAGUUAGCCACUCCAAUGUAAUAUGUUUCUAAUUUUUCUACUUUUGCCUGGCAAAAGAAGCAGGUCUUGAUAUUGUAGAACUGGGCUCGUCUUUUGGUACAUUGCUCUAAGUAAGAUUUGAUGAUUAGGCAUGGUUGGGUAUGUAGUUUUAAAAAAAAAAUGAUGUUACAGUGAAGGGGAAUUUAUCAGAGGCUGUGCUUAACACGGGAGAGUUGAUGCUACAGGGUUCUCCUUUCUAGAAAUGGGUUCUUUCCUUUGAUCCUCAAAAACGUUUUAUUGAAGCCAUGAUGAGGAGUUCAAGGGGGAAUGGACUGGUCUAGUGCCGUGUCCCAUGUCCAAUGUCCAUGGCAAACUGAUUUCCUGAUGGAUUGAUGAGUUUUUACUUCAGCAUCUAGAAUUUUUUUUUCCUGACCAAAAGCAUCAAGAAAUUGGAUAGGACCACGAACAGUUGGCUGGCUAUCGGUCAAAGUCCUCCAUUUUCAGAACCAAAACCUGUUGACUUACUUACCAGGCUAUCAUAGAAUGUGCUGAUUGGCUUGCCAAUCAGCACAUUUUUCUACGUCAUCCAACAAACAAAUCCUUUCCAUAUUCAUCGAGCCUUUUCCAUAUUCAUCUACGUCAUACCAUCAGCAAAAAUUUUCUUAUGGUUUACCUUUGUGAUAGAAAAUUUCCAUCUUCAUCUACGUCAUAUCAUCAAGAAAAAAUUUUCUUGUGGUUUACUUCUAUGAUAGAAAAUUUCUCUUUCUAUUGGUUUAAAAAAAAUUUUGUUCUGUUGAAUUAACUUCACUUGAUGAAUAAUACUUUCUUUCUCCGAUAUCUAUUAUUGCAUGAAAGUAGAUAGAAACACCGUCAUGUAAAAUUGCAUCCAAAAAUAUAAAGUGGGCAUUGAAUCUGAAAACAACCAAGAAAUUGGCAUGCUUUGUAAGCAAAGCAAACAACAACCACAAGUUGGUGGGUGGCUAUUUAACUGAUGGUGAACAUAAACAUAAGCAACAAGCAAUGAAAUAGACCACUUUUGUUAAUUACUUAAAGAUUUUGUAGUUAACAUACAUGGUACUAGGCUAACCUUGUGCCUUCCACUAGUGAAAAAUGUAAGCUAGAAGAAAUAACAGAAUCAU